AACUAUUUUCAGCAAAAAGUAACCGAUAGCUCUCUUCUCUUUUCAACUUCUGCUAAUUGUUGCUCCACCAUCUAAUUCUAAUGCAUCCUUAGUCCUUGUGCUUCACUCAGAAUUCUUCUUGUUUCAUCUUCCUCCUUUAUUCUUUGUCCUCUUUACAGUGCAUCCAUGGCGGUAAUUAGCCGCCUUAUUAGAUCCACAUCUAAUUCACCUUCAAUUCCAACCGCCAUUCACAUAUUAUCUCGUCGAUUUUCAUCUUUGACUUCCGAAACUACCCUCCUUUCUCCUUCCCCUUGGAAUGAUGCUUCUUCUAGCAAAAAUGAUGAGCCACUGGUUAUUCGGACUCAACCAAAGGGUAGAAAUGUCCAUUGGGUGUUUCUGGGUUGUCCUGGUGUUGGUAAAGGAACUUAUGCAACUCGUCUGUCCAAGCUUAUUGGUGUUCCGCAUAUUUCUACUGGUGAUUUAGUUCGCGAUGAGCUUUCGUCUUCUGGCUCUCUUUCUCGUCAGAUUGCAGAUAUCGUUAAUCAUGGCAAGUUGGUUUCAGAUGAGAUCAUUGUGGAUUUGUUGUCCAAGCGUCUUGAAGCUGGAGAAGCUAAGGGUGAAUCCGGGUUUAUCCUUGAUGGGUUUCCACGUACAGUACGACAAGCGGAAAUUUUGGAGGGAGUUAUUGAUAUUGACUUGGUGAUCAAUCUUAAGCUCCGUGAGGAGGCUUUACUUGCUAAAUGUCUUGGUAGAAGGAUCUGUAGUCAAUGUGGAGGAAAUUACAAUAUUGCAUGCAUUGACAUCAAAGGUGACACUGAAACUCCUGCACUAUACAUGGCUCCCCUUCUUCCACCCCCUGAAUGUUCAUCAAAGCUUAUCACUCGUCCUGAUGAUAAAGAAGACGUUGUGAGGGAAAGACUCCGUAUUUACAAUGAAUUGACUCAACCUGUUGAGGAGUUUUAUCGUAAGCGGGGCAAACUGUUGCAGUUUGAACUUCCUGGAGGAAUUCCAGAAUCCUGGCCGAAAUUGCUGCAGGCUCUGAAUCUCGAUGAUCAUGAAGAUGGUCAAUCUGCUGCAGCUUGAAUUACCCAACAAGAUUCUGUGCCAUUAUGUUGUUUAGGUUAGUAAUCAUUUUUUCAAAGUGUAUAGUCGACUCUAAUAGAAAAUACGAUUCAGAUAUUAAACGAAAUAAUAACCUGGAAACUUGUUAGUAGACUAUCAUUAGAUUGAUUGUCCUGGUUUAAGAAAGAUGAAGUGCAGGAAACAGUGUGUAUCUUAGGUUUAUUCUUUUACGGCAUGGCUAAGACUCGAGCUCGAAGAUUCUGUUUCCUGUAUUAUUGUAUUGUCAUAAUAGCAUAACUCAAAUUAUUUAUGAGUCCUUUCGUUUCUUCUCA